GGUAGAAGAAGUGGAGAGAUCAACAAGUGCAGCCAUGGCACGAUCAUAUCCGCCCUCUUCAUUCAGUGAUCUCUUCAAGCUUGGCAAAGAGGUGCUCAAGACAGAAACCUUCGUCCUUCACGAAGGUCAAACACGAGGAGAUGAAGGGAGGAAGUGCCUCGUCAAGUGCCUGUUCGUCUUCGGUCUGACCAAGGCAGAGAGGGCUCAGGUAGGCGAAGAUGUUCGAACCUUCCGAAGGGCCAAGCACCCGGCAGUGCUGGCGCUGCAGGACGUCAUCGCCGAGCCAGAGGAACGAUUCUGGUACCUCAUCUACGAGCACAUGCCAGGAGGAACGCUAACAGAGCACCUCGGGACGGGCAGGCAAUUUACGGAGGGAGAAGCCAAGGCUAUGGCCGCUCGCGUCCUCUCAGCACUAGCCUCGCUGCACGCUCAAGGGCUGUUCCACGGACACGUUACCCCGGGGAGGAUCUUCUUCUCGUCCCCUAGCCACAACGAGCUAGGGGCUGCGACGGCAAAGCUGUGCUACUUGGAGAAGGCGCACGGGGCCGGUGAUGCGUGGCAAGCGGGCGGGAGUCCUGUGGGCACGGUGGACAAGGAUCUCAGGGAUGCGGACAUCGUGUCCCUGGGCCUGACCGUGUUCGCCGCUCUCAUGGGUGAUUCCGGGGCGGCGGCGGGCGAGCCUUUGGAGAGCUAUCGGGCGACUACGGAGAGCACGGGGGUGCCCGAGCUGUCUCCCCUUGGCAGGCAACCCAGGGAAGCUAUCGACCUGAUGCUGGGCACAGACCCCGGGGUCGCGAUCCCUUCCGCCGUGGAACUCCUCCAGCACCCCUGGUUCCCCUCCGACGGAGCGCAUGAGGAGGAACCCAUGCCCUUGCCUCUCGCGCCCGGGCAAACGGUGGCCGUAGGCCCCCCCGCGAAGCCGGAGGACAUACCCGCGGGCCUCCCGCCUACGGUGCCCAAGCUGGGGGGCACAGGCAAUGGGCUGGGUGAUUCCUCCGGGAGCUUGCAGAAGGUGGGGCUGGGGGGGUCGCUAUCGCGUGCGAGCAGCGGGACGGACGAGUCUUCGCUGUAUAUCGACCUGCCAGACGGGAGCAAGGCCUUGGCGGCUUGGCUGGCCAAGAAGACGAGCGGGAGGAAGGCGCUGGCGAUGAAGAGUUCCUGGCAACGGCGAUGGUUCGUUCUCAACCCGUCGACUUCGAUGCUGCUCAUCUACACGCGCGAAGUAGACCUGACGGCAUCCGAGCCUGAGGCAAGCAGGCGCUCCUCCGGCGGCAUCCCCAAGGCCUUCCCCCUCGACAGUGCACACGUCGCGCCCUUGAUACGGCCAGGAGUUAAGGAUAACUUGUCGUCUCACGCCUUUUGCUUGGUGCUGGAGGAUAAGGCGGAGCGCUUUCCUUCCAUGCUCCUGUCCUUCAAGUCCGAAAAGCUCAUGCACGUGUGGCUCGUCGCCUUCCAGUCGGUAGCGGAGGUUAGAGCUGCAGGGACACGCGGCACCGGGGAACACUCGAGCCGUGGGGACGGUAUGGAGAGGGGAAGUGCGGACGCGGGCGGAGAAGGGUUGGGCUGGUGGGAUGACGUCAGUCACCAGGCGCAGAGGGUGGCUCAUGUAACGGCGGCUUCUGCAUUCGCGUGUGGGGGGGGCGAGGCGGAGCUGUCCCGAUUUGUGGAGGAGAAGCUGACGAUGCACAAGCGAUCGGCUAGAAGCCUGUACUUGAACGGGUCGAUUAAGAGCGGUGGGACGAGCUUAUUCGGAGGUGGAGGUUCUAUGGUGUUGCCUACUGCCAAUAACGCUGGCACCAUCUUCAAGAACUCGGCUCUCCAAUGGGAACACCGCGUGCAGGAGCUAGCGGCUGUGACAGCGGGCAAGCCGAUCACCUCACCCAUGCAGCCGGGAGAGCGAUGGUUCAUCGUCGACGCUCGUUGGAUGGACCACUGGCUUGAAUUUUGCACUUCGAAGAGGAGGAUGUCUCCACCCGGACCAAUCGACAACUCCUGGAUGCUGCACUCGGAGAAACGGCACAUCCCGUACGAGGGUCUGACUCUGGCGAUGGGCAAGCAGGCGGGCGACUACCGACGGGUGGGGGCGGAGUGCUGGGACCAGCUCAUGCGCCUGUAUGGCGGGGGCCCGGCGAUAUAUGUCGACGGCCCGCCGGUCGAGGAUCUGUCGAGAUGGGUGGUGCGAUUCGGACACCAGGUUUCCGCGAAGAGCACCUACCGGACCAAAAGGCAUAUCCCCAACCCCAACGUCUCGGUCAAGAGCUUGGAGGCAGCGGCAACGAAGUGGGUCAUGGGCUGGGACAACGAGGAAGACGAUGAGUGCGAUGACGACUACGAGAGCGCCAGAGGCUCGCACGACGAUUCGACCCUGCUGACGCCGACUUCAGACGGGCAGCUUCUCACUAGGCGAGCGGGCUCGGAGCGUGGGGCACCCCUCAGCGUGCUGAGGGAGGAGGAUGGGCAGGGGUCCGUGUCGCCCGCCGGGAGCUUGCACAGUAUUGAUGAGGCCGACAUGUACGGGUAGUGGGGCGAGCGCUUUGUGACAAGGUUCGGAAUGCCGACGCGCUGCGUUGUUAGCACCACGCGUAGUGUGAUACAUGUGCGUGUUCAUGAUGGCGAAGCCUGGGGCUGGCGGAACCUGUGAUUUUGGGCUCUUUGUUGCAACUUGGGAGGUUGAUUUUCCUCUGCAACCGUACACCCUGAAACUGUCUAGAAAGAAGGAAGGGUGCUCGGUGCCUGCGGCAUGAUGGGUCCGACACACACUUGUCUCAAGUGAAAUGCGUCGGGUUUCGACCGUCGGUUUGCAGUUUUAUUUUCUUCUGUUUGAAACGGAUGGGCCGGGCCGAUGUAUGUUAUCUUUGCCGAAGGGUCUCGAGAGAGGCGAUAAAGGCCUUAUUUUGAGCCCUGCAGUGAAGCCGUUCAGGUCGCGCUGCUUCUGUCAAGUCCGCACGUUCUUCGUUGUUUCUCUGUAUUGGAUUGAUUCUCUUGGUUCGCCACGUUUUUCGUGGACGACACGGACGACGAGGCUGGUCGCAUUGGUUGUAUCUCUCAAGCCUGAUGCAUGUAGCAGGCUCCAGCUCGUGUGUCGUCGGUGUUGCCCCGGCGAAGGUUCCGCGCAGCAGGCGUGAAUCGCCUCAAAGUGAAGCGUGUUUAGCGCAACUUAAAUUGCCGUACUUUUAGUCAGAGGCGGCGUGCGUACAGAUGCCUAUGCAUUUUCGACACCAGCGAUAUUACUGCAAGGGCAGGGAAGCACAGGAAGAAGUGUUGAUUUGGGAAGCGGAGAGGAAGGACCAGUGGUGAAAAGGGUUGGCAUCACGGUAGACACACCCAGGUACCUGUUGUUUGAAAUAUGUGCCCUCGUGCAAUGUUGCUGUGUCGCCAAGCCGAGAGUGGCAGGUAAAUGGGGGUGCGUUUUUUUAAUUUAGAUGUUAUUUUCCGCGUGCCGAUGAGGUAGAACCAGGCGAGUUGUCUGAUGCAUGCGUGGGGCGUGGCGGGGGCAGGUCCCUUUCUUUUUGUUGGGAUGCGCUGGCUCCGCCGUUGUAAGUUUUUUACGUUCUAGGUUGACACUCAGCCGUAGAAGAAAGUCUAGCCGUUCGAGAAUCCCGAACAGCAAGUCAGUCGCCUGUUUGCCUAUAUUCGCUGUACCUGGUAGGGUGAGCUUUUCACUGUUGAACAGACAACACAACAGUCACGUCGCGCAUUUUGUAAGGAGGAGGACGCGGCAGUUAGGUUUAGAUGUUUUCCUUUUUAUCCAUUGAAGAGAGGGGGUCAAUGUCCGUAUCGGCACGUUUUCCCUCUCCUUCUGUUGUCGCAGCAGUGUUGCGUGUUUCACCACUCACGCACUCCAUUUAUGAAUGGGGUAUCGAAAGCUCUGGUUUCUCUGAGCGUCUGUUUCUGUUGAGUGGGACAGUACAUUUCAUCAGUGUGCGGUGCACUCUUGUACAUUAACACCCGAGGUGCAGCCUGGCGCGUAGAGGUUUGUUGGCGAAACGCGCAGGCUUAUUUUCAUUCUUGGACGCGACUUGUUAAAUACUUCGUAUGUAAGCCUCAGGGUAGAGUACCUAGACCUUUUAUGAUGUCGACGGUGCUCCUUGUUCCGUUGUCCAUUGUUUUAGCGUUGUUUUUGCCAGCACUGCCACAUACACAUGGCCGGCUGCACCUCUGCAGCACAGUGUCUUGAUCGUCGUCUCGUGGUUACGUCCGUUUUGUGAAGGGUUCUAGAAUGUUGUCAUGGCACCGGUGCUCUUUGAUUUCCGCGUUCUGUGAGGGUCAUUUGUUGCCAGCACUGCCACAAACGCAUGAUGACUGGCUGCAUCACAGCAGUAACUUAUCUGUCGCUCGUUGUUCGUUCUUUCUAUAAUCCAUUCCAUGUAAGUUUUUGUUUAUUAAUAGUAUGCCGGUGUUUGUUGCUGCUGGUGGAUUCUCGUACUAUAGGGUCCGGUUGUAUCGCAACCGUUUCCCCUUGUGAUAUCCCCUUGUAGUACGGGCGGCGCGCACAGCUGGUCUGGCGUCACAUGUGGGUACACGAACAGUUUUCUCGCUUUGCCAUCUGCACAGAAAGCUGCCUGUAUUGUGUCCUCCAGAGGUUUUUUUCAAGCGGCUGUCAGAUCUUCGAAUACAGUGGGCAUAUCUGCCCUUUUUCUUCCCGCGACGUGGUCUCCAUGCCGAGCGCUGGCCGCACCGUUGGACGCAACUGCCGCGACCUUGCGUUGGUCGGUCCAAAGGAUUUUUGUAGGAUAGGUUGGAGAGCGGUUAUGAACAUCCAACCAGCAUGGACAGUUUACUAUGCACGUCGUGUACCUGCCUUCGAGCACAAACAAGGUGAUCUAGGAUUCAUUUAACUUGCCGUAAGUCGUGGCGGCUUGAGUGCCGGGAGCGUGGGAUGAUGUUGCAGCCAACGGGGUCAAGCCAUCAUUGUCCGACAAAGGCACGACAUGCAUUUAAAGUAUGUUCUACUUGUACUCUGGGCUUGUAAUAUAUCACUCGAUAAAUUCUG